GUGACUAACGAGAAGAGAUUGUCGUGCGCCCCAACUGCAGCCUACGGUAAAAAAAAAAGGAACGAUCAAUAACCUUCAAAUCUACGACACCGUGCAGCGUGUGAUCUUCGUGAAGUGAACUUCACCAAGUGGGACCGUUUACGAACCUGUAACCGUGCGAGACCGUGGUGAUGCGUGGUGUGUCGUGCGUAAUGCUGCGGCCAAACCGGCCCCGAUCGGUGCUCCUGGCCGCAGCCGGUUGCUGCGCGUUGAUGCUGGCCCUUCUGCCGCGGCCAACCCGGGCCAACGACAAUCUGCGCGUCGCGUAUCAGUGGAGCGAAAUAGAUUUUGAGUUUUCUAACGACGCCGAACGACAGGAGGCGCUCGCCACGCGGCGCUACAUCCCGGAGCACGUGAUACCGGUCGGGCUGGAGGUCUACAAAAAGCGGCUCUUUCUGACGCUUCCGCGCUGGAAGGAUGGCAUACCGGCGUCACUGGGCUACAUUAAUCUCAACGAAACCACUACACAAUCUCCGAAGUUACAUCCUUAUCCGAACUGGUCGGCUCAUCGGCGAAUAAGUGAAGCCGACGCACCGGAAAUAGUGUCGCCAUUUCGGAUACGCGCUGACCGCUGUGGUCGGCUCUGGGUGCUGGACACCGGUGUGGAGGAGCUGCUGACAAACACAACGGUCACCGCCCCAACGUCGCUGCUGGUGUACGAUCUGAACAACGACAAUCUGCUCCGGCGGUACGCGUUCCCAGCGGAGCACAUUAAAGAAAACUCGUUCUACGCAAAUAUCGCCGUCGAGGAUGCGGUGUGCGAGGACACUUUCGCGUACGCGGCCGAUCUCGGCAAUCCCGGGCUGGUGGUUUACUCCUGGAAGCAGCAGGAAUCGUGGCGCGUCAAGCAUCACUUCUUCCACCCGGAUCCGCUGGCGGGCAACUACAACAUCACCGGCAUCAACUUCCAGUGGGACGAUGGGUUGUUCGGAAUUGCGCUCUCGAAACCGCAACCCGACGGCUACGCAACGCUGUUCUUCCAUCCGCUUAGCUCACUGAACGAGUUCGCCGUCUCGACGAAGGUACUGCGCAAUCGCAGCGCCGCGCUGGACGCGAGCAACUACCACGAGUUCAAGGUGCUCGGAUCGCGCGGUCCCAACGGGCAGGCUGGGGUCGCCUUUCUCGAUCAGAAAACCGGCGUCAUCUUCUACGCCCUACCGAACCUGAACGCCAUAACGUGCUGGAAAACCUCGAACCGGGCGUAUACGAUCAAGUCGCUCGGUCGCGUCUACAUGAGCACCGUCGACAUGGUAUUUCCCAACGACGUCAAGGUGGACGACGAAAGCCGCCUGUGGGUGCUGUCCGAUCGGCUGCAUCAGUACAUGUACGAGUCGCUCAACCGAAACGAUACGAACUUCCGCAUCCUCACCGCUACGGUUAAGGAUGCCAUCCAAAAUACGGCAUGCGACACGAACAUUAAGCCACUGCCGGACAUCAUCACCAACUUGGGUGACAUCCUGCGGCCAUCUACCGUGGCCCCGAAGGUGGCACCGAAGGGUGGUUCCAAUGCGGCGCCUACCGUUCAGUCCGCCGGAAUCAUGAGUAUACUGCUCGUUGUCUGUGCCACCGUUCGUUUCUUUCUCUGAACGAAGAGUUAGGCCAUAAUCAUGGAGAAACCCGUAAACGCAGUGUCGUCGUCAUGUUAAUGUUUUAUCGUUGAAUUUUUAUCAGUAUUGCACACAACCGCAAGAAAAUGGCAGGAAGCAUUUGUCAAGGAAAGUGACGUAUCCAUCAACCGGUACCUCGGCAAACGUGAAGGGAAGUCAAUGUCUGCGUGUCGGUGGCACUGCAGCGUAAGCGUUCCAGUAGCAUAAUUAUCUUUGAACCGUCCCGAAUCACCCCCGUUGAUUUCUGUAGUACAUAAUGUGUAUAAUUUAUGUGUUCCAAACUUUUUGCCUUACACUUUCAUCACCGCGCCUUGCGUGCGUUCCGUAGUAUCACUCAUCUCGCGCAUCGCAUUUCCUAAAUUAUGCUGCACAUAUUGGCACCAACUAUCAUAGCACAAAACCGACUAUCGCAAACCCGAGGCCAUAACCGUUGAAGCCUGUCCAACAAUGGUCUGUGAGCAGUUGUGUCAUAAUUGUUAAUUGUUAGUCAGCGUACCAAAA